AUGUACAGAGGAGGAGGUGCUUCUCUCUACUCUGACCUCCUCUUCUCCUCCUUCUCCUCCUCUCCCUCCAUCCUGAGAACCUGUCUGAACCCCCUGGACCUCCUCACUGGGACCUCUGCUAUCCACCCCCUUCUUGGAUUUGUCCCGGUCAGCUAGGAUGACGUUGGUUCCCCCCUUCCUCUGUCCCCCUGGCUCCUUACAAACCGCUGUGAAAUCAAGUGGAAACGUCAAUGAUUGCGAUCGGAGUAAAAAGGACACCUCUUGGCCCCGCCAGUGAUCGGCCCCGCCUCUUUCUGCUCUCUGCCUGCGUCUCUAAUGCUGAAGUAAUGGAGAACCCUGGAAACAGAGACAUGGACCCUAAAGUUGAGCUUGAGCACUUUUAUUAGAUAAUGGAUUGGAAAGAGCUGUAAGUACUCUCUUUCUCUCCAUCUCUUGCACUAUCUUGGCAUUUUAUUAGAUUGUAUUUAGGCACUAUUGGACAAUUUACUCUUAAGUAAACCUUCAUAAUUUGCCAUGUAUGUUGUAGAAAAAAAUGUCAGAGGGACUGAGGCUUCUUGUUUACUGCCAACCUGCAGCACUGUAUUGCCUGAUAAUCCUGAAAUGUGUUUGGUGUAUUUGAGCAUGCAUUCAGAUAUUUAGACCCAAGGUGUGUACUGAAACGGCUUCAUUAGUACAGAGAUGGGUGUUGAACAGGUGGGCAAGCUGUAGUGGGUGAGGGAAUCUGAGCCUCUCCUCCCUCCACAUUUUCCAUUGAGUGCACACAGACAGCUCCCUCUUACUGGGAAGGGAGAAAGAGAGAGAGAGAAAAUAGAGAGGGAAAGCCAUGUGACAAGCAAUUCAUUUUCCCAUUAGGGUGUGUGUGUUGUUACAGAGGCGAGCGCUCACUGUUAUUGCUCAUCACCCAUUGAGUGGUUCUGACGGAACAACAGAAUUACACACAACCCUGACUCUUUCUCUGCUCUCUCUCUCUCUCACCUUUCUCUCUCCCUCCUUUCAAAUAGACGCACAUGCCUUUUCUCAUUGUGUGACUGGCUUUCACCCUCAAGGUUACAGGCAUACCCUGCAAUGCCAUAUGGGCACUUAGAGGGACAGGGGAAUAAGCAAAAAAUAGAACCUGUGAAUGCUUUCCAAAUGUUAAUUGUAGUUCACUGUUUGUUGCUGUGUGUCUUUGUCAUAUUUGCAGAUUCCUCUCAUCUCUACAAUAGCACCUCUGAAUGUGACUAAUCUGAGAGAGAGAGAAAGGAGAAAGAGGGAGCGAGAGAAAGAGCCUUUGUCUUGAGCAAUGAAUGUGUAAUGCAAACUCCCUUUCAUACACACACAGAGCAUUGCUGAGUUUCUCUUUCCUUUUCUCCAUCUCACAUUAAUCUAUUCCAUCUCAUUUUCUCUCUCACACUCUCCCUCUCUCAUGCUAUCACACACAGACUGGUCCCUGGGGAGAGCCUCCUCCUGUAGCCCUCUUGGAUGUAAUAAUAAUUUCAUCAGCCAGCGGUGUGUUCCCUGAUUGUGCUCUUGGGCUGUCGCUGCAGGGGGCGUGCUGUGCUGUACUGGAUGGGUGGGGGGGGCUGUCACUCCAGUGGGGUAGAGGGGGGUAUAUUUUGGCAGCCGCCCACCUUGUCCGGAGGAGCCCAGAGCAGGACUAAUGAGCUCAGGCUGCUGGGCUCUCAGGCAAUAGUCUCUCACUGAGACAGACACACAUGGAUGGACAGGUUCUCUCUCUCUUUCUCGCUCUUGCUGUAGCCCUCCCUCUCCACAUUUCUCCUGUUUUCAUCUCUCAUUCCAUCUUAAUUUCUCUCUGUCUCUUCCUCUUGUUGACAACCAUUUUUUGUCUCUUGCGUCUCUCCGAUUCUGAACUGUGUGACUGAAAAGUGUUCAGUGCAUAUGAAUUUCCUGUAGGUGUUCCUUUACUCUGGCCUUGACUUUUAAGAUGAGGUGUGGUUGUAACUGAUCCACAGUAGGCCAUAUCGCUGGCUGUUAUAAGUGUGACUUAAUGUUACAGACUUACAGAGCUGGUAGUAUUGCAGUUAGACUAAAAGGAAUGUGUGCGUCUCGUCAGUUGGCCUUGUGACCAAUCUGUGCCACUCCAGCGCUAACGCUGAGUCGUAGAGAGAUAGAGGGACAGAGUGAGAGGAUGAGAGUGAGAAGGACAGAGUGAGAGUAAGUGAGUGAGAGAGAGAGAGGGAGAGAGUGAGAGAGAGUGAGAGAGAGUGAGAGAGAGAGUGAGAGCAACAGAGACAGAGACAGAGACAGAGAGAGCGAGAGCGAGAGCGAGAGCGAGAGCGCAGGAUGGCCGUGGAUUUAUUUAGAGUCCCAUCACACAGCCGGAUCUUACCCUGAGAGGCGUGCUGCUUAAAGACAUCCACUUAACAAGACGGUCUAAUUAGGCCACAGUACCAGGAGAGGUCUAUCUAUUUCUCACUCUCCUCACCAAGUCUGUCUAUCAGGGGACUCAGUGAAUGGGGGAUCCAGGGAUCAGUCAUGGUUUUCAAGAGACAUGACCAGGGCCCCUCUAACAAGCUUCACAUAUAUACCUGAGUAACAUAUGAAAUAGCAGAACAUUUCAAUUCUAUAAUGAGGACAGACAUUUCCAUUGCCUGUAAGGCAACAUUGUGCCAGCCAUCCUUACCUGGCAUGUUCCUGGCAUGUUCCUGUGUUGUUUGAAGAAGAUAAAUGGAUCCAUUUAGUGUAUAUUAGCACCAUGACAACCACCAGCUGGCCUACUAACAAUACAGGUGUCAUGGCGGCUUGUCUUAUGUAGACACCUGUAAAGCCCUGCUGCAUAAUUGGGCUUGAUUGUGUCUUUAGUUCCAUAGCAGUGCGUUAGCAAUUGCAGUGCUGAAAUUAAAGCAUUUGUGAAUUUUAUGUUAGUACUGUUUUGAAGUAGAGAACUGAAGCAUUUUACAAAGCCUUGGCCACAGGUAGGGAGUGGGGAGUUGAAAGGGAGGUAGCGUUGGGAGUGGAGGAGGGUCGAGAGUGGUGGCACAGCGGCCUUCUCCUGUCAACUUUGUUUACUUUGGCAAAGAGAAAAAGGAGCUUGUUGACCUUUCCUCUACAGUCUCAGUGUGGCUUCUAAAGGCUCUGCACACCCUCACAAAUGUCAACCCUGACCAUUAAAUCAAUCAGCUGAAUGAUUAUACAGCCCUCUCUCUGUUGGAUACCUCACUAUGAAAAAUAUAAAUGCGUGGUGGCUCCUAUGAAGUUUAUCUUCCUUCCUGCCCAGCACAUUACAGAUGGCUGGCUAAAUUGUAUGUUUUUGAAGUUAGGCUAAACUCUUCUUGUGUUUGCUCCUCCCAGGGCAGCUCAGAAGCUGAACCUCUCGUCCAAGCGGAAGAAGCACCAGCCUCCCUCCCUGCUGCACUCUGGAGCCCAGGAGCCCUCCAUCUACCCCACCAACUUCAGCGGCAUCCUGCAGCUCUCGCCACCCCCCGCCCCUCCAUGCCUGCUCCGCGCCGUCUCAAAGGUCAAGGAGAACCCCGGGAUGGGAAAGGUAAGGAGCGACAGGCAUUACUCGCAAACAGGCCUACAGUAUGCACGCACAUGCAAAUGUUUAUGAAUGACUGACAUUUAAAUGGGAGAAUGCACAGUGGCGACGCAUUAGUACAUAGACAGCCAGUCGUCUGGUCCAGUCCAUACAGAUGCAGACAGAUAAGCCUGCUGGAAUGUCAUGAAUUCACUCAGUUUGUUAUGGCCGCAUUCCUCCCUCUGAAUGGACUACAGUUUGUGAGGGAAAGAAAACACAAAACUUCAAUCCAAUUCACUUUAAAGGGAUACUGCGAGUGUUCUACUUACCCAGAGUCAGAUUAACUUGUGGGAUACCAUUUUUAUGUUUAUGCUUGCAGUAUUAAGGAAGUCAGCGGUAGUUUCUUGAGCUAAUGCUAACUAGCGUUAGCGCAAUGACUGGAAGUCUAAAGGUACAGUAGCAAUGUUAAAUGCCUGGUAGCAAUGCUACUGUACCUGAAGGAAGUUUCGCUAACUUCCUUCAUACUGCACGCAGAGACAUAAAAUGUUAUCCACAAGUUCAUCUGACUAUGGGUAAGUAGAACAAUGACAGAAUCUCACAUUUUGAAACCUAUCUCACCUUUAAAAGCUAAAAGUUUGCAAACAUUACUACAGCGUAUUCCAAUGUUCAUUCCAAUGUUCUUACACAUCACUGCAUUUUGUAUAGUUCUGUUGGCUGGGAGUCUCUGACUACCAGAAGGGCCCAGCAUUGGCUACUUUUUGUAUAUAAAGCAGUUCUUCAGAGACUCCCCCAUUACCUCAGCGCACAUAUUAACUAGAGAUCCAGCAAUUUUCAGACCCGCUCUCUGGACUGGCUGGUUCUAGAGGUCCCGCGGGUCUCCACUGAUCUGGGGGGAAAUUAUUUUAGUUUUUAUGCCCCCAGCUCGUGGAAUAGGCUUCAGGCCACCUUGAAAUUAGACUCGCUGGUCUCCAUUGGACAGUUUAGAUCGAGUUUAAGGGAGGUGAUAUGAGAGUUGUGUUUGUUUUCAUUAAUCCUGUUGUAUUUAUUGUAUUGAUAUUAUUUAUUGUAUGUUCAUGUUCACAGGGCUCCCUUGCAAAUGAGAGCCUGGUCUCAAUGGUGACCCACCCUGUAUAAAUGUCACGCCCUGGCUCUGGGGACACUUGUAUGUUGAGCCAGGGUGUGAGUUUCAUUUGUUUUUCUAGUAGUUGUAUUUCUAGGUUGGCCAGAGUGGUUCCCAAUCAGAGGCAACGAGUGUCAGCUGUUGCUGGUUGUCUCUGAUUGGGAACCAUAUUUAGACAGGCUGUUUUCCCACAGUGGUUGUGGGAUCUUGUUCCUUUUGGUUUUUACCGUAGGACUGCACGUAUCGUUUGUUGUUUUGUUCGGGUAAUCACAAAUAAAAGAGUAUGUUUGCUUUCAACGCUGCGCCUUGGUCCUCCUCUGUUCCCGACGAACGUGACAGAAGAUCCCACCAGAACUUGACCAAGCAGCGGGUCCAGGAGCCAUCGCCAGGGAGAUCUCUGGCGGAUAUCCAGCGCCUCCUCGACUGGGUCAAGCCGGGUGAGCAAGAGAGGGGCUUGACGUGGAAGCAGAAGGGCGAAAGGCUGGCGAAAAGUAUGGAGACCUGGUCCACGGGUAGGAGAGAAGCCCAGACAUUUUUUAGGGGGGGGCUAACGCCGUGGACGAUGGGGCAGCAGGAGACCGCGAUAGAGCGGCCCAGCGGGUUGGCAGAGGAGGCCGCCAGGUUACGGGGGCCACUGGUCAAAGAGGGGAAGGAAGGUGUAGAGGCACGGCGAGAGGUACUGGGGUGUGUUACCAGUCCGGUCCGGCCCGUUCCAGAUCCCUGCGGAGGGCCAGUGGUGUGUGUCCCCAGUACGGUCCGGUCUGUUCCUGCUCCCCGCACCAAGCCAAUGGUGCGCGUCGCCAGCCCGGCCCGUCCUGUUCCUGCUCCCCGCACCAAGCUAAUGGUGCGCGUCGCCAGCCCGGCCCGUCCUGUUCCUGCUCCCCGCACCAAGCCAAUGGUGCGCGUCGCCAGCUCGGCCCGGCCUGUUCCUGCUCCCCGCACCAAGCCAAUGGUGCGCGUCGCCAGCUCGGCCCGGCCUGUUCCUGCUACCCGCACCAAGCCUAUGGUGCGCGUCGCCAGCCCGGCCCGGCCUGUUCCUGCUCCCCGCACCAGGCCAAGGGUGCGCGUCGCCAGCCCGGUCCGGCCCGCUCCUGCUCCCCGCACCAAGCCAAUGGUGCGCGUCGCCAGCCCGGUCCGGCCCGCUCCUGCUCCCCGCACCAAGCCAAUGGUGCGCGUCGCCAGCCCGGUCCGGCCCGCUCCUGCUCCCCACACCAAGCCAGUGGUGUGCGUCGUCAGUCCGGCACGGCCCGUGCCUGUUCCCCACACCAAGCCAGUGGUGUGCGUCGUCAGUCCGGCACGGCCCGUGCCUGUUCCACCGGUGCCUGGUCCGGCACCGGUCAGCUGCUUCACGCCGGAGCUAGAUCAAUCCGCUCCACCAGUGUGCAGUCCAGCUCCGGCCAGCGGGGCCAGACCGGACAUGGGGUACUUUGGGGGGUUGGAGAGGGAGUGGGGAUCAGGCCCGGAGCCGGAUCCGCCGCCAAGGCGGAGUGCCCACCCGGUCCCUCCCCUGUGGUAUUUAGUUGGCGCGGUCGGAGUCCGCGCCUUUAGGGUGGGGUACUGUCACGCCCUGGCUCUGGGGACACUUGUAUGUUGAGCCAGGGUGUGAGUUUCAUUUGUUUUUCUAGUAGUUGUAUUUCUAGGUUGGCCAGAGUGGUUCCCAAUCAGAGGCAACGAGUGUCAGCUGUUGCUGGUUGUCUCUGAUUGGGAACCAUAUUUAGACAGGCUGUUUUCCCACAGUGGUUGUGGGAUCUUGUUCCUUUUGGUUUUUACCGUAGGACUGCACGUAUCGUUUGUUGUUUUGUUCUGGUAAUCACAAAUAAAAGAGUAUGUUUGCUUUCAACGCUGCGCCUUGGUCCUCCUCUGUUCCCGACGAACGUGACAAUAAAUAAAUGUUAAAUAAAAUAAUUGAAUAAAUACAAUUCCUGCUAGCUGCGUUCCAUAAACCUGAUGAUGAAAUCGAGCAGGAUGGCGAUGAUUGGUCUGUCAAUAGUGUUAGUGCUGUAUAAACACACCCUUCCUCUAGGGUUUAUUGGGUAUUGUUUGCUGGGCUGAGAUCCUGUAUUUACAUAGCAGAAGAACAAGAUUAGGUCCCACCUGGUUGGGAAGUCGUUGCUUACUUUGCCAAAUUUCCACACCAUUGAGAUAUUGUCCCAUAUUGUGAAUCUCACUUCAUAAAACACCAGCGUUAUUAACAAGCUUCCUCUCCCUACACCUUUUACUGAGCUAGACAUGCAGUAUGUGACAGCCACAGGGUUGUUUUGAAAGGGAAAUCGGCUUGUUUACAGCAUUGUUCUGAGUCUAUAACCCCAGGUUUCCUCUUCAUUAAGUAGGCUGUUAUGGGAAACUCAACCUCUGUCAUUGUGUCUCGGACAGUACUGCAGUUUGGAGUCACCUGGUUCAGGCAACCAAGAGUUCACUGCUGUGAAACAAUGCAUGUUUGAGGAACCGCAGCCAACACGAUUUGAGUUGCCAACAUUCUUUUGUCUACGGUAGACAAUUCAUCCCAGCUCCUUUCCCCCUAAUCUACAGUAUGCAUUUUCUGUGGUCAAAAAGUGACUGAAACACUGAGAGGCAUGGGUGAUGUUUUGUUAUGUAUUUAUUCAAGACACACUUGUCCAUCCAUGGACAGUUGAUGUCAUUGCUGACCCAGGCGAUGUGUCAUGUGGAGGGUUUGGACAUGAGGAGGGGUGGCUGCUGGGGGAAAAUCCCAGCUAAUGGAUUUCUUGGUGGGAUCAAGACAUAGGAGAACAGGGCCAUUAGCAGAAGGGCCCGAGGUGUUAAAAUGCAGCAGAGGCUCCAGCUGAUCCUCACCGGCCCCUGAUAUCACAUCUCUGCCAAUGUAAAUAUAGCAGCUCUAGACGGUAGCUAUUGCUCCCUCGCCCGGUUGGCGGGCCGGCCAGCGUCAGCAGUCAUAUAUGGAAGGCUGUUUAAAUGUCAUAGCAAAUGUAAUUUGCUUAACAUAUGUACAUGUCAGUCAUGAUAACAGCCCCCCACGGAGCACAAAGAGAGUUUGCACUCAGCUGCCAGAAAGCCGGAGAGGAAUUCCCUCUGUGGCAGAAUGGGUUCGCCACCACACAUUGUUCCUUAGCGCCAGAGCCGGGAUUUGUGGCAAUAUUUAUGAACAAGCCAGGGGAAGAAAAGGCCUUUUGUGUGGGCAUGGAUGACACAGGAGAGACACACAGAGGAUGAAAGGACCAGCCCUGUGUCAGCUUUGCUGCCUUUGCAUAAAGGGGAGGUAGGGGAACAGUUAGAGUUGUAAUCGGCUGCCACAUAUCGCACAGCCUCUCACAGUCGUUUUUGUGUGAUGUUUUUAUACAUUAUUUUUAUUGUCCCAGAUUUAAUUCGUUAUCAAUGCAUGGUUGUUAAAGCUCAAGCUGUUUGUAACCAUGGAGGAGGAGGGGAAGCAUGCCGAUGCACUGGUUCAGUGGAUUGACUACCACUAUGCUAAACCCUAAACACACUGAGCUGUCAGGGAGGAGAAACACCAUUAUCCACCACUUCCUGACAACACAGAUGUAUAUGUCUCCUGUCUGUCAUACUACAAGAGUCAAGGUUGAGUUUUCACAAUCAAAUGUUGACAGAGUGAGUGAAGAUGAUUUUCUUAUCAGAGGAACCAUCCACUCCUACAUGUUCUUUAUAAAUGGUGUUGCAGUUGUCAUAGAAUAAAAAGGGUGUGAUUGUGUUUGAGGAGGCUUGUCAGGGAGACUGACAUAGAUGAAAACGCACACACACACACACACACACACACACACACACACACACACACACACACACAGCUUACAUAUAACGUGAUGUGCAUGCAGAUGAAACCUUACUCCACUUUCUCCAGUUCAGGAAGUACCAUCAGACACAGCUGGCAGAAUGCCUCCGCAAGUCAUGGCCAUAACAUAAUUACAACAUUAGACUAGAGGAGACAUGCCAUGGCCAUAACAUAGUUACAACAUUAGACUAGAGGAGACAUGCCAUGGCCAUAACAUAAUUACAACAUUAGACUAGAGGAGACAUGCCAUGGCCAUAACAUAAUUACAACAUUAGACUAGAGGAGACAUGCCAUGGCCAUAACAUAGUUACAACAUUAGACUAGAGGAGACAUGUCACAGUAGAGGUGUAGUAAAUCAACACCUUAAACAUGACCAGUGACAUAUAUCAUCCUGUUUACCAUACUGUGUUAGGAUCAUGGUGUACCGUGACAACUGAAAUGACACAGAAUCUAGGGACAGAAUCUAAGUAUAGACAGUACAGAUCCCAGAUUGAUCCUGUCUCUCUGAGAGAGAGACAGAGAGACUGAGAGAGAGCAACGGCGAGAGAUAGACAGAGAAAGAGAGGGAGAGAAAAAGCGGGGCCAUAUGUUCCCAUGCUGCAGAGCUGCAGUCAGAGUUGCUCUUGGUCCAGAGAGCAGCCUGCUGGUUGGAUAAUCCCUCAGCAUGGUGGGCGGCUCAGAGUCACAGUCAUUAAGGGCCCAUAUUACAUUCACUGUUAUGAUUUACAAUAUCAGCUGUACAUUGACACCAUUAGGCCCAUGUGUUGACCCAUGACUGGCAGCUUAACAUGCAAUGGUGGUCCAUUUGUCAGGAGUAACCUUUGUCUCCAUGGUAACAUGAUGGAAAUUAUGUUUAUCCAGGUUCAGCGUUGCCGUGUGAUUUCAACAUGUCCAUUUUCUCCCCACUACAAGUUCCUCCUAUGUCCCCUGUAACUCUGUGUGUCUAUCAUGUUAGCUAUUUUAUGUGCCUGCUUUAUCUGUGUUUAAUGUGCGUUCUUUCACCAUAUGUUUGCUUAUGUUUGCUUAUAUGUAUGUUCUUGGCUCUCUCUCCUCUCCUCUCGUGUUGCAGGUAAAAGUGAUGAUGCGUAUCUGCCCCUCCCUGGAGGCUCCUGAUUCAUCAGAGUCCAUGUCCUUCCUGAAGGUGGACCCCAGGAAGAAGCAGCUGACCCUUUACGACCCCUCGGUCAUCGACCGCGCCAACUCAGGGCACAGGAGGGCCACAGUGGCAGUCCCAAAGAUCUUCGCCUUCGACGCAGUGUUUACCCAGGAUGCCUCUCAAGUAAGGACCAAGCAGUUGAGGAGUCUCUCUCUGUGUGUGUGUGUGUGUGUGUGUGUGUGUGUGUGUGUGUGUGUGUGUGUGUGUGUGUGUGUGUGUGUGUGUGUAGGGGGGCAGGAGGAUGUCUUUAUGCUGGCUGGGUGCGGUCCAGGGGCUUAGUAGAAAAAUGCCUGUCUUUGGUCGGGGGCAUUCUUCCCAUUAUGGGCCUCAACAGCUGGCCCUUUUAAGUCUGGGGAAUGAAUCUAAUUCAGUCCACUUAUAUCUAACCUCUCCUUUCAUAAUCCAGUUAUAUCUAACCUCUCCUCUCCCAGUCCAGACCUUACAGUCUAGUAGAGCCAUGCCCAAAUUAAGAUCAAAGGGCCAGACACUGAGGACGUUUACUUGACGAUGAUUGAGUAACAUCCAGACAACAUUUUUCAUAGAGGUCUGUUUAGAAACAUCUCUCAACAAAACCAUUGAGAUUUCCAUUGAUCGCUCAGUAUCUUCUGAACUGAUUGUUGAAGAGAUGAGAUUUAGAAGUGAGGCAACAUGCUGUUAGUGCCUACUAAAAAGGGAACAUGAACCAAGCGACUCAAGCUUUGUGUUGCUCCCCAUAAGCGUACAAUCUUUAGGUUUGAGAAGCUGAACCAUGGGGGAUCUCAUCAAGUAUUGGUAGAGUCAGUAGCCACAGGGCCUACAGCAUGGAUCAGUGUCUCCACAGUGAGGGUAAGGUUCAGAGCUUCCUCCAUCAGAUACAUCUCCUCCACAGUGAGCCAGCUGAUAGGGGCUGAUAGCCCUGCUCCUGCUCCAGUAAGGCAGACUCUGAGACGUGGCUGCUAGAUUGUGCCGCUGGGACCACACUGCUGGCGGCUAACAGUAACAGAAAGCUGUUCUGCAGUAAGAGGCCUUGUUUGCUGUGUUAUGUAUGGGAGGAGAUCACUGUCUGCAGCAGAAGCCUUGCCCCAGUGGAGCCAUGGUGGUGAAACAGAUUGUAAAGAUGAGCCACACAUUGCAACACUCGAUCCUUUUGACGCCGCCCUCUGAAUCUGUGAUCAGAGCCUGUCUUCCUGAUGCUCCUCCUGUGUUUGAUAGCUAGAAUUAUGUUUUUGUAGAAAUAAUUGGAGAUUCUCAAAUAGAAAAUACUUUGUAUGUGUAUGUGUGUUUGGCAAUGACUUGAUAUUCCAAUUCUGUUUGAAUGUACACAAUUCUAAAAGGGGAAUGGCAGAUAUAGUGUAUGCUCUUUAACCACUCCAUCUCUAUCUCUCUCUCUUUCUCCCUCUCUCUUUGCAGGCAGAGGUGUGCUCAGGGACAGUGUCUGAGGUCAUCCAGUCUGUGGUGAACGGUGCGGACGGUUGCAUCUUCUGCUUCGGGCAUGUCAAGCUCGGUAAGUAAGCCCCUCUACUCAACUGAAAUCUGGCAAAAGGCCUUUGUUAGACAAAGAAAACUCUCCCUUUAUCGGCCUGGUUUGAUGUCCACAUUCACAAAUGGAUUAGUGGUGCACUGGAAUGGGCUGAGGAGAAAAUAAGACAGUGGGGAGGGGCUAGUGAGAGAUGGUGGGGGAUGGAGGGAUGGAGACUUCUAUAUAGAGGCUGCAGGGAACAGUCUUGAAUUAAAACCACUGUAAUUGACCUGGACUCUUCACCCAGCCUGAAAGAGUGUCAUUUCUCAGAACAGGCUUCCUUUUACCUUUUCUUCUCCUCUGUUUUCAUCCUCCAGGGAUUGCUCCUUGAAUCACCCCCUUCGUAAGUUAUUAGAGAUACAGUAUAUUCCCAAUCAACAGUUGUAAUGCAUUUUCCUCUCCUCUACCCAUUCUAGACAGCAUAUUACUAGUGUUUCUUCGUUUUUCGGAGAGAAAUGAGCAGCAGGCUGUUGCCAACAGCAAUGCACCGGACUUGUAUAUUAAUGUCUCCAUCCCCCUUCCUCGCCGUCCUCUCCUCUGUCUCCAGGCAAGACAUUCACCAUGAUUGGCAAAGACGGCUCCACCCAGAACCUCGGCAUCGUGCCCUGCGCCAUCUCCUGGCUCUUCAAACUCAUCAACGAGCGCAAAGAGAAGACGGGCACGCGCUUCUCUGUCCGUGUGUCUGCCGUGGAGAUCUGUGGGAAGGACGAGGCGCUGAAGGACCUCCUGUCUGAGGUGUCAACAGGAAGCGUGCAGGACGGACAGUCCCCAGGGGUCUACCUGCGUGAGGACCCCAUCUGUGGCACUCAGGUGAGGAAAAAAGGUGGCCAGACGCGUCCCCAUUUUCCUCCCGUUCUUUGUUCUCCUUCUCCGUCUCUCUCUCUGUCUGGUAUAUAUUAGUGUCUGUGUAUUGAUCUGAUUCUCACUACUACCUACCUAUGUCUACCCCAAAGAUUGUCUGUUUUCUUUCAUCUCCCAGGUCUUUCCCCUGUGUACUCUGAGCCCAUAUUGCCCUGUCUUACCUUUCUUAAUAAAUCCCUGCACUAUAUUCUCACCAAAGCCAUCCACAUAGCGACAUCUUUCUUCAUACCUUUUUAUUGACUCCCCUGUCAACAUCUUUCAGCAUCUAUUACUCCUGAAUUAGCUCUGCCCCUCUGCAUCACAAUAGGACUAAUUGGGGGGUCGGGGGGAUGGGGUUUGAAGGCACUGACAGGUGUUGCCGUCAGAUGUUGUUUUUUUGGGGCUCUGUGUGGACCGUGACAUCAAAGGCUGCCUGGAGUCCUGUGAAGCUCCUCACAGCUCCUCCUCCAACCAUGUGGCGUGGGGCCCCUACUACAUGCCCCACUCUCCCCCCUUUCCUCCCACUCCCCACUCCCCCCUCUCUCCAUAUCCCACCACCACAACAUCCGUGUGGAGGGAAGUGCCCCUGCCUCCUGCUCCUCCAUUACCUUCCCUAAUCCACCUCCCUCUGUGUGCAUAUCUGUUUCUCUAAUUUUACAUUUUACAUUUAAGUCAUUUAGCAGACGCUCUUAUCUAGAGCGACUUACAAAUUGGUGCAUUCAACUUAGGAUAGCCAGUGGGACAACCACAUCUUGAUCACAGUAAGUACACUUCUUCAAACAAGCAGCUGUGAGCAAAGUCAGUGCAAUCAGGGACAACUACAUCUCGAUCACAAUAAGUACAAUUGCCCCCGAGACCCAAUCUAAUGGGUAGGAAAUGUGUGCCUGGGUCCAAUUACCUGGCUACCCUCUCUACUUUUUCUCUUUCCUUUCUCCGAUUCCUCCAACUCUUUCUCUCCAACCCCAUACUCUCUCCUUCUCUCUAACCCUUAUCUAAACCUGAUCUCUUUUAACCUUAUCUAAACCUUAUCUCUCUAACCCUUAUCUAAACCUUAUCUCUCUAACCCUUAUCUAACCCUUAUCCCCCCCCCCCCCCCUUACCCUUCCCUCUCCUCUCUCCUCCCCCCUUAGCUCCAGAACCAGAGCGAGCUCCGCGCUCCCACGGCAGAGAAGGCAGCCUUCUUCCUGGACGCGGCCAUCGCAGCACGCAGCACCAGCAGGCCCGACUCAGAUGAGGAAGAGAGACGCAACUCUCACAUGCUGUUCACGCUGCAUAUCUACCAGUACCGCAUGGAGAAGAGUGGCAAGGGAGGCAGUGAGUAAAACUGCUACUACUUCUACAGGUAGCCUAGCGGUUAAGAGUGUAAGGCCAGUAACCGAAAGAUCGCUGGUUCUAUUUCCCAAGCCGGCAAGGUGGAAAAAUCUGCCGUUCUGCCCUUGAGCAAGGCAACAACCCCAACAACAAACCCGGGCACCAAUGACGUGGAUGUCAAUUAAGGCAGCCUCAUGCAUCUCUCUGAUUCAGAGCGGUUGGGUUAAAUGCGGAAGACACAUUUCGGUUGAAUGUAUUCAGUUGUGCAACUGACCAGGUAUCCCCUUUCCCUGUUACUACCACUACUAUACUUAGCAUAGCUAUAAUUACUACAUGAUUUGAGGCGCUCUCUGAGCUCUAAUGUCACUCUGUGUGUCUUUGACUGUGAUAGUGUCUGAUUUUUAUUCAUUGUUCUGCUAUACUAUUUAUCAUUUGCCCAUUCGAUUCAACAAAUGCUCUGGCUUUUUUGAUUAAUCCGCAAGUGAUGAAUGCACUGAACCAUAUUGCUGCAGGUACAGUUGAAGUCGGAAGAUUACAUACACCUUAGCCAAAUACAUUUAAACUCAGUUUUUCACAAUUCCUGACAUUUAAUCCUAGUAAAAAUUCCCUGUCUUAGGUCAGUUAGGAUCACCACUUUAUUUUAAGAAUGUGAAAUGUCAGAAUAAUAGUAGAGAGAAUAAUUUAUUUCAACUUUUAUUUCUUUCAUCACAUUCCCAGUGGGUCAGAAGUUUACAUACACUCAAUUAGUAUUUGGUAGCAUUGCCUUUAAAUUGUGUAACUUGGGUCAAACAUUUUGGGUAGCCUUCCACAAGCUUCCCACAAUAAGUUGGGUGAAUUUUGGCCCAUUCCUCCUGAUAGAGAUGGUGUAACUGAGUCAGGUUUGUAGGCCUCCUUGCUCGCACAUGCUUUUUCAGUUCUGCCCACAAAUGUUCUAUAGGAUUGAGGUCAGGGCUUUGUGAUGGCCACUCCAAUACCUUGACUUUGUUGUCCUUAAGCCAUUUUGCCACAACUUUGGAAGUAUGCUUGGGGUCAUUGUCCAUUUGGAAGACCCAUUUGCAAUCAAGCUUUAACUUCCUGACUGAUGUCUUGAGAUGUUGCUUCAAUAUAUCCACAUCAUUUUCCUUCCUCAUGAUGCCAUCUAUUUUGUGAAGUGCACCAGUCCCUCCUGCAGCAAAGCACCCCCACAGCAUGAUGUUGCCACCCCCAUGCUUCACGGUUGGGAUGGUGUUCUUCGGCUUGCAAUGAUGGUCAUUAUGGCCAAACAGUUCUAUUUUUGUUUCAUCAGACCAGAGGACAUUUCUCCAGAAAAUACUGGCUUUUUUAUGGCGUUUUUUUUUUAGAGCAGUGGCUUCUUCCUUGCUGAGCGGCCUUUCAGGUUAUGUCGAUAUAGCACUUGUUUUACUGUGGAUAUAGAUACUUUUGUACCUAUUUCCUCUAGCAUCUUCACAAGGUCCUUUGCUGUUGUUCUGGGAUUGAUUUGCACUUUUCGCACCAAAGUACGUUCAUCUCUAGGAGACAGAAUGUGUCUCCUUCCUGAGCGGUAUGACGGCUGUGUGGUCCCAUGGUGUUUAUACUUGCGUACUAUUGUUUGUAUAGAUGAACGUGGUACCUUCAGGCGUUCGGAAAUUGCUCCCAAGGAUGAACCAGACUUGUGGAGGUCUACAACGUUUUUUCUGAGGUCUUGGCUGAUUCCUUUUGAUUUUCCCAUGAUGUCAAGCAAAGAGGCACUGAGUUUGAAGGUAGGCCUUGAAAUACAUCCACAGGUACACCUCCAAUUGACUCAAAUGAUGAUCAGAAGCUUCUAAAGCCAUGACAUCAUUUUCUGGAAUUUUCCAAGCUGUUUAAAGGCACAGUCAACUUAGUGUAUGUACACUUCUGACCCACUGGAAUUGUGAUAUAGUGAAUUAUAAGUGAAAUAAUCUGUCUGUAAACAAUUGUUGGAAAAAUGACUUGUGUCAUGCACAAAGUAGAUGUCCUAAUCGACUUGCCAAAACGAUAGUUUGUUAACAAGAAAUUUGUGGGUGGUUGAAAACAGAGUUUUAAUGACUCCAACCUAAGUGUAUGUAAACUUCCGACUUCAACUGUAUCUGUGCUGUCAGAGGGUACCAUCAUAGCCAUAGGAGACUGUGCUGCACUGGGCUAGAUGGUGGAUAAAGCCGCAAUAAAUCUGAAUGGAUAACAAGCCUCAUUUGGAAUGUUUAUGGAUGGGUGAAAAAAAGAGACUUGUUUGCAUUCAUGUGUUGUGCUUAGCGGAACGAGAGUGUGGAUUUGAAGCACACAAUUUCUAAGUCUUGCUGACAAGAGUUUAAUGGUUCGCCGCUCAGGAGGCUGAAAAGAUUUGGCAUGGGCCCUCGGAUCCUCAAAAAGUUAAAUAGCUGCACCAUCGAGAGCAUCUUGACUGGCUGCAUCACUGCUUGGUAUGGCAAAUGCACCACCUUCGACCGCAAUGCGCUACAGAGGGUGAUGCAGACAGCCCAGUACAUCACUGGGGCCGAGCUCCCUGCCAUCCAGGACCUUUAUAUUCGGUCAGAGGAAGGCCCGAAAAAUUACCAAAGACUGCAGCCACCCAAGCCAGAGACUGUUCAGUCUGCUACUGUACUGGAGCAUCGGCUCUCGGACCAACAGGCUCCGAGACAGCUCUACCCACAAGACCGCUAAAUAGACCGUUAAUAUCUUGCACUGACUAUAUAUACACACUAUAUACACACUCACACACACGCUACACUGACACUCUCACACAUUCACAUAAACUACAUACGCACACACACACAUAACACACACACGCAUACCGACAAGUCACAAACACACACACACGCAUAUCGACACAACACACACACUUUUACGCUCAUCAUAUGCUGUUGCUACUCUGUUAUUAUCUAUCCUGAUGCCUAGUCACAUUACAUUUACAUUUACAUUUAAGUCAUUUAGCAGAUGCUCUUAUCCAGAGCGACUUACAGUUAGUGAGUGCAUACAUUUUCAUACUGGCCCCCCUUGGGAAUCACGUUACCCUGCCUUCAUGUACAUAUCUACCUCAAAUACCUCAUACCCCUGUACAUUGAUCUGGUACUGGUACUCCCUGUAUAUAGCUGUACAUUGAUCUGGUACUGGUACUCCCUGUAUAUAGCUUCAUUCUUGUGUAUUUUAUUCCUCUCGUGUUACUAUUUUUUUAUUGUAUUAUUAUUUUUAAACUGCAUUGUUGGGAAGGGCUCGUAAGCAAGCAUUUCACAGUUAAGUUUACACUUCUUAUAUUUGAUUUGAUUAAUCUGAAAUAACAUAUCAGUGACCUACAUUACAAUGUGCUGCCCCUCUGCUGAAUAACAUUUGGAGAAAUCCUGCUCCCCUUCCGUCUAAACUGAAUCACUGCAUACUUUUGGACUUUUAUAGCACAGCCCCCCAAACUAGUCAUCAUCUCCAAUUACCAUUUAGGUGCCAAAUACAGUGACUGUCCUCCUUUGUUUUUUAUGUAUGUAAUGUGACAACAAGAUACUUUUAUGUGUCUGGAACGUUAUUACCUGUCUGUUAAACUGAGACAAUCUCAGCCCAGAUUUGAAUCACUUCAGACCGAGAGGCUUACUCAUGAAUAAAUCAGACUGCCAUGUCUGGUCUGGUCUGGGCUGUGCCUCUCCUGCCUGUAAGGCGCAGCAGCAGCAUGUAGGAACCCUCUUCCUUCAGAGGGAGUGUCUGACUGUGUCUGUGCUGAGAUAUAACCUCACCUGGCUCUUCCUCCUGUGUCAUCUACAGUGUCAGGCGGACGGAGCAGGCUGCACCUCAUAGACCUGGGGAGCUGUGAGAAGGUCCUUAGUAAGAGCCGAGACGGAGGGGGAGGCCUGUGUCUGUCUCUCACCGCGCUGGGAAACGUUAUCAUGGCUUUAGCCAAUGGAGCCAAGCACGUACCUUACAGGUAGGGGAACUAGUACUGAACUUUCUAUCUAUACCUUGAAUAUGUAAUAUGUAAAGGAGUCGAGUCAUGUAAUCAAAAUGAGACAAGUUUAUGCAUGUACAUUUACCUUAACUAUCAAGGCUGUGUUUAUUCUAGCGUGCUAUAGAAAUAUCCCAGUCUCAGCCAUGUAGUUUGCUACACUAUGGAAUCAGAGACAGAACAUUUAAUUUGGGGAAUGCAGUGCAGACAAAGUGUGAAAUGGGGAAAGCAAGCUAAAAUGGGAGGAAAUAUACUGUAAAAUGAGCAUUCAGCUUAGGAACCUAAGAUAACAGUCGAAGAACCAGUUGUUCCAAAUGUGAUAUUAAAAAAAUAUCUGGCAACCCAGACUAAUAUAAGGUGUAGAGAACCGUGGUUGAAUGUAAACCAACAUUGUAACGUUUGUUUUCUAGUCAUUAGCAAAGCCAGGGAUAUAGGGCACUGAAACAUCCUGCCGUUUCCUGAGCAGUAAUGAUGAUGACGGUGUGUGAACGUAUCAUUUCUAGGGACAGCAAACUGACGAUGCUGCUGAGAGAGUCGCUGGGGAACAUUAACUGUAGAACUACAAUGAUCGCCCACAUCUCUGACUCCCCUGCCAACUACACUGACUCCCUCACAACCAUCCAGCUGGCCUCACGCAUCCACCGCAUGAGGAAGAAGAAGUCCAAGGUCUGUGUCUGGACUUGAUGAGCUUUCAGUAUCACACACUGUUGACAUUGAUUAAGAGACAUGGAUAUUCUCCAUUUGAACAGUAGCAUAUUUCGAUGAACAGGGCCCUCACUGUUUUGAUGAGGGAAAGCCAUAGAUUUUCACAGUUAUAAUAACUAUUUAGUGAUCUCAAGAGUUUAUUACAGUGGGUUUAUUAACAGAAGUUGCACUGUUCACCAUUUCAUAUAGUAGCCUAUUAGUAGCUGAGAUCUUGAAAAAGCUCUUCCCACUUUACUGUAAAUUGGAGGCCAUGGUAUGAAAUGAAUCAGGGCCUCUCUUAAUGCAAGGUUAUUAGUGCCAUAAUUCAGAGCUAGUUUUUCUUGCCUGCUCAACACAUAAUCAUGUAAUCAAUAGGGCUGCCUAAAAGGGUUGGGUUCAAUUUCAAGUUAAGGCAGUCAAUUCAGGAAGUAAACUGAAAUUCCAAUUCAAUGAUUGAAAAAAUAAGCAUAAAUGUUUACUGACUUCUCAAUUAACUGAAAAGGAGAAGCUAUUUAUGUCACAAGAAAAAAUGGGAUUUUAAAUUCAAAUCACUUCCUGAAUUGACUGCCUUCAAUUCGAAUUGAUCCCAAUCCUGCUGCCUAAGGAUGUUUGUAAUGCAUGCCCUCAGAUUCGGGAAAUAUAUGCUCCAGAUAAUUAGGUGUAAUGACAGCAUGCAUUUAUUUAGCAUCUGGGCGUAAUUAUAAUGCAUUCCACGCACACUGAUUCAAAUUAUUGACAUUCAUUUCAGUGUGCCUAUUGAUGGUCACAUUUAACCUUUAAAUGUAUUGACUGACAAUUUUAAAGCAAUUUAUAUUUGCCUUAUGAUUUAUUCCACCGUGAAUUCAUUAUGCGAUUCAAUUAACUGUAAAUCUACAGCAGGAAAUUGGAAAAUGGUGGAGAAAACUAUAUAAAGACUUUUUCAAUUUCUAAAGUAAUAAUAUUAUGUAUUGAACAUGUGGAUUAUGCAGAAAGUCUAAGUAUGUAGCACAUUCAUGUGCUAAGCACAUUUCAGUGCCUUGCAAAAGUAUUCAUCCCCCUUGAUGUUUUUCCUAUUUUGUUGCAUUACAACCUGUAAUUUAAAUUGAUUUUUAUUUGGAUUUCAUGUAAUGGAUGUACACAAAAUAGUCCAAAUUGGUGAAGUGAAAUUUCUAAAAAUGCUAAAAAAUAAAUAACGGAAAAGUGGUGCGUGCAUAUGUAUUCACCCCUUUUGCUAUGAAGACCCUAAAUAAGAUCUGGUGCAACCAAUGUCUCCUGAGUGGCGCAGUGGUCUAAGGCACUGCAUCGCAGUGCUAGCUGUGCCACUAGAGAUCCUGGUUCGAAUCCAGGCUCUGUCGCAGCUGGCCGCGACCGGGAGACUCAUGGGCGGCGCACAAUUGGCCCAGGGUAGGGGAGGGAAUGGCCGGCAGGGAUGUAGCUCAGUUGAUAGAGCAUGGCUUUUGCAACCCCAGGGUAGGGGAGGGAAUGGCCGGCAGGGAUGUAGCUCAGUUGAUAGAGCAUGGCUUUUGCAACGGCAGGGUUGUGGGUUCGAUUUCCACGGGGGGCCAGUAUGAAAAAAAAGAUAUAUAUAUAUAUAUAUUACAUAAAAAAUAAAAAAAUUUAUUCACUAACUGUAAGUCGCUCUGGAUAAGAGCGUCUGCUAAAUGACUAAAAUGUAAUGUAAAUGUAAGUACAGAUCUGGGUUGGGUUAUGAAAAAAUAUCUGAAACUUUGAACAUCCCACGGAGCACCAUAAAAUCCAUUAUUUAAAAAAUUGAAAGAAUAUGGCACCACAACAAACCUGCCAAGAGAGGGCCGCCCACCAAAACUCACGGACCAGGCAAGGAGGGCAUUAAUCAGAGAGGCAACAAAGAGACCAAAGAUAACCCUGAAGGAGCUGCAAAGCUCCACAGCGGAGAUUGGAGGAUCUGUCCAUAGGACCACUUUAAGCCGUACACGCCACAGAGCUGGGCUUUACGGAAGAGUGGCCAGAAAAAAGCCAUUGCUUAAAGAAAGAAAUGAGCAAACACUUUUAGUGUUCGCCAAAAUGCAUGUGGGAGACUCCCCAAACAUAUGGAAGAAGGUACUCUGGUCAGAUGAGACUAAAAUUGAGCUUUUUGGACAUCAAGGAAAACGCUAUGUCUGGCACAAAACCCAACACCUCUCAUCACCCCGAGAACACCAUCCCCACAGUGAAGCAUGGUGGUGGCAGCAUCAUGCUGUGGGGAUGUUUUUCAUUGGCUAGGACUGGGAAACUGGUCAGAAUUGAAGAAAUGAUGGAUGGCACUAAAUACAGGGAAAUUCUUGAGGGAAACCUGUUUCAGUCUUCCAGAGAUUUGAGACUGGGAUGGAGGUUCACCUUCCAGCAGGACAAUGACCCUAAGCAUACUGCUAAAGCAACACUUGAGUGGUUUAAGGGGAAACAUUUAAAUGUCUUGGAAUGGCCUAGUCAAAGCCCAGACCUCAAUCCAAUUGAGAAUCUGUGGUAUGACUUAAAGAUUGCUGUACACCAGCGUAACUCAUCGAACUUGAAAGAGCUGGAGCAGUUUUGCUUUGAAGAAUGGGCAAAAAUCCCAGUGGCUAGAUGUUCCAAGCUUAUAGAGACAUACCCCAAGAGACUUGCAGCUGUAAUUGCUGCAAAAGGUGGCUUUACAAAGUAUUGACUUUGGGGGGGUGAAUAGUUAUACACGCUCAAGUUUUCUGUAUUUUUUUCUUAUUACUUGUUUUUCACAAUAAAAAAUAUUUUGUAUCUUCAAAGUGUUAGGCAUGUUGUGUAAAUCAAAUGAAACAACCCCCCCCAAAAUCCAUUUAAAUUCCAGGUUGUAAGGCAACAAAAUAGGAAAAAUGCCAAGGGGGGUGAAUACUUUCGCAAGCCACUGUACACUGUUUAGUAAGUCUCUGUAUGUGUCUGUGUUGCAGUAUGCAUCCAGUUCCUCUGGUGGGGAGAGCUCCUGUGAGGAGGGGAGGAUCCGUCGGCCACCCCACCUCAGACCCUUCCACCCCCGGACGGUGGCCCUGGACCCGGACCUGCCCUCCCUGCUCAGCGACCCAGACUACUCCUCCAGCAGCGAACAGUCCUGUGACACCGUCAUCUAUGUGGGGCCGGGGGGCGCUGCCAUCUCUGACCGGGAACUGAGUGACAACGAGGGCCCACCCACCUUCGUUCCCAUCAUCCCCUCCCUGAACAGGAAGCGGUCUGGGAAGGAGGGCCCCCUGGACAGGGAUCACUUCUUCAAGUGCAACACGUUUGCUGAGCUGCAGGAGCGCCUGGAGUGUAUCGACGGCAGCGAGGAGCCUACAGCGUUUGUUGGAGAGGGCAUGGGAAGUCAGGCCAGCCCCAAGAUGGACAGCAAAGCAAAGGAAGGCCCUGGCUCUGUUUCCCCAAAGACUGUAACUAAAGCCUCCUCCUCCCAGGAGAGCAUAUCUCCCAAACUGGCUCCUAAAUCUGUAGCCACUCCAUCCGUCAGCCCCUCUAAGUCUAAACUGGAACAUUCCAGAGGGGUGUCACAGAGCAUAUGUAGAACAAGUGCUGAUGGUGAGAAGGUGAUGACGUCAGAGAGCAGAGCAAGCCCAAUCAAACAGGAAGUGGCCACGAUGCCAGCCUCUGAGCCAGUAGUCCGGGAGAAGGUCUACUUCAACAAGAAGCCCUUACCCAAGCCUGCUCCCCCUCCCCCACAGCAGAGAGACUCACGCAGGGGCAACAGAGCGGCAGAGGAGAGGUCCCCCACUAGAAUGCCCCCCGUGGGAAUGAGCCAUCAGGUUGGAAAACGGGGGGAAUCAGGAGACUCCCAUUUCCUUGAUAGGGCCCAGACCAGGGGACCAGUAGAGGUUUGCCAGCUGCGCUCCACCCUGAGAGAGAGGUGCCUGGACAGGGACAUUCUCCGGGCUACGGUCACCCUGCAGCAGCCUGUGGAGCUGAACGGAGAGGAUGAGCUGGUGUUCACCGUGGUGGAGGAGCUUUCCAUCGGCAGCAUCAUAGACAACGGGCGGCCCUCCAGCAUCAUCAGCUUCAACAGCGACUGCUCCCUGCAGGCCCUGGCCUCAGGCUCACGGCCCGUCAGCAUUAUCAGCAGCAUCAACGACGAGUUUGACGCCUACACAUCUGCUGUGGGGGGUGCAGAGGUCAACAUCGAGGUGCUCACCCCCUUACAGCAUGACACAUUUGUGUGUGUGGGCAGCAGGGGCUCGUCCAUCAGCUCCUGGCUCAGCGAGGUCAGCGUCUGUACUCUGGAGAGUGAAGGGGUACACUCUGCAGAUGUUUUCCUCCCACAGACUAAGCACAUCGGCCCAGAAGGCACCUUCUACCUGGAUUCCCUGGAUAUGUUCCACUGUGAAUCAUCCCGAAGGGAUGCCAAGAACUCCCUGAACGACAGCGGCUUUAGUUUUUCUGAACUGGACAGUGACAGCGCAGCAUCUAGCAAACUGUCCCUGACAAAGUGUCCUCCGUCUCCCGAGUCAACCAAAGGAUCCCUCAGAUUCCCAUCAAAAACAGCUAAAGUUAACUCUCUCAGCUCUUCCUCCCAACCCUCCCAGGGCCCUUACAUAGUCCACUCCAGUCUUCCCAAGAAAGUGAAACCUACCUCAUCAAUCGCCUAUAGUAGCAGCAGCAGUCGUGAACCACAGAGACAGGAAGUCAAGCAGGAGAACCCCUGGCAGCGCAUCGACAACCACUCUGAACCUCAGCUUCCAGACUCCAGCGCCACCAGCAAGCUCCCCAGAACCCCAGUGAGUGGCAUUCCCUGCCGCAAAGCUGGUGUUGUCAACAGCAAUGGUGUACCUCGCCCACCCAAGGUGCAGGGUUCUACCUCAGCCCAGAGGGUGGUGGAUGGCUGUGAGAAGUCCACCAGUAAGAAAGCGGAGCCCCCCAGCAAGAUGCCUCAGCUAAGACGAGGGGCCACCACCCUGGGCACUGUGCCUGUCAUCCACGUCUCCCCAGAGACCAAGGCCACAACCAAGGACAUCACCACCACAACCAACAUUCUCAAGUUCUCCUCUCUGGGAAAGAAUGGCAAGGCAAAUGGGCAGCAAGCCAGCAUGCUCCCCAAACCUGGUGGUACCUCACCUCCUCCACCUCCGGUGCGCAAGUCCAGUCUGGAUCAGAAGAACAGGCCUCUGCUGCCCCAAAGUGCCUUAAAGUUUGCGUACGGGGAAGCAGGGAGGCCCAAACUCACCAGGGGGGCGGUGUCAGAGGAUGAACUAGAGGUCCGCUGCAGAGGAGACUCCAACAGCCUCAAAACCUCCAGCCUCAGGGGUGACUACACCUCGGCCAAAGCCACUUCCAGUCUGAGGGCCAGAGGGGAUGCUGGUCGGCAGCAUUACGGCAGUCAGAUGUCUCUGGAAAGGUGUGACAGCAUGUCCAUGGUGGGCUCCAAGCCCACUCUCAGUCGAGAAAACAGUGGAGCCAGCCUGGGCUGCAGCAAGUCCAGCAGGUCCAUUCCCAGAUUCGGUGUACCAAACUCAACCAACUCUCCCGUUGCUACCUCCCCACCUUCCCCCUGUGGUGCUAUAGGUGCUCUAGGUAAACCUGGGCAGGUCAAAGGUAGUGUUAACCCCAGAUCGCUAGGAGCGGUCAAUGGAAGUAAGGCCCGUUCGUUGUCAGCGAGCAACUCUAAGGGCCUGAGCUCCUCCACCAAGUCCCUGGCAGCUCCAGCCACCAGGAACCCCAACGCCAACCUUCCCCCGACUGGCAAGACCUCCGCCCCGCGAGCCACGGCAGCUGUCAGCAGCAAGCCUGGCCGGGGGACCAUCAUGGGCACCAAGCAUGCUAUGCGGGCAGCCAACAGCCGGGUCAGUGAGCUGGCAUCAGGCAGCACAUCAGGCAAACACCUGAGGGGCUCAGGGGACUCUGACAGUGGUAAUGACAGUGGUGUGAACCUGAGUGAUGACAAGUCCCUCGUGGUCAUGCUGCCCUCCCCUUACAGUAAGAUCACAGCCCCCAGAAGGCCGCAGCGCUACAGCAGUGGCCAUGGCAGUGACAACAGCAGUGUUCUGAGUGGAGAGCUGCCCCCAGCCAUGGGCCGCACAGCCCUCUUCUACCACAGCGGGGGCAGCAGUGGUUAUGAGAGCAUGAUCCGGGACAGCGAGGCCACAGGCAGCGCCUCCUCUGCACACGACUCCAUGAGUGAGAGUGGAAUUUCCUCCUCAGGCCGCCCCAGGACAUCCAAAUCCCCCAAGAAACGCAAUGGUAAUAGCUCUGAAUCUGUAUACAUCAUUAUGCAUUAUCUAUCUGAUAAUAUCCUGAACAACAGCAUACUGUAGGUUUAGUCGGGGAAUCAAUUGAGGCAUUCAAAAAUGUGAAAGUUCCAUAAAAGCCCAAGCAUUAUUCAGGUCCUUUUACAAGAUUUCUUGUUCAAGCCCAGUCUUUGUUGUUUUUUACAAGCCACUGAGUGAUGUCAGAAGUCAAACAGUCCACUUGAUAAAUAAUGGAGGAGAAGAUCGUUAAUGGAGGUCAUAAGCCCUAACUGUUUCUACCACUCCGCUAUAAAAGCCUCUUGUCUAAAAGUCAUACAGCACGUCUAUAAAUACCCCUGAUUGCUUUGGAAAAGUAGUUUGCCUGUGCAGAUCAGCUUAGACAAUCUCUUGUUAAGGGUCAAGGUUCACUGCUGUUGACUUUAACUAGAUGUGUCAUGCUGAAAAGCAGACUGAGUGGUGUUCCCGUCUGAAAUAAGAAAUACAUUUCCACAGAUCUACUGAUUGAAGCAGUAUGCCAGAGAAGUAUAGCACAUAAUCUCCAAACAACAUCAAGGACAACCUGUCGCUUUCUCCAACUCCCCAAGGCAAUCUUGUAAAGAUAGAGGCUCUAACUUUUUAAAAUCUGAUUCUUAUAGUUUAUUGGUUUUGUCACCUUUCAGAUUCAGCAGAAAUUAGAUGACUUGGAACUCAGUUGAACAGCAGCGGAAACUUGUGACCAUGUUCCAGCUCUCUUAGAUUUAUGUAGUCAAUCUCUUCAAUUCAUAUUGUGUGGUAGGGAUUUGAAAUAGACAGUGGUGAAAGCCUUAUACAUAUGCAAUCUACAGCACGCUCAGGAGGCCUGUGUAAAGCCUUCUAUCUCUUUACAUCUCAGUCUCAGCUUCUUACAUAUUUACUAAUAGACAGAGCUGUACAGCUCGGCCCUGGCAGAUAUUACCAUUAUAUAUUUCCAGCAGUAAUUGAGGUGCCUGUCUGUCUGUGUCUGUGUCUCUCCAGGGCUACAGCGGCGACGGCUCAUCCCGGCCCCCCUGCCAGACACCUCGUCACUGGGGAAGAAGGCUGGCACAGCUGGCCAAUGGGUGGACCUGCCGCCCAUGUCAGGACCACUGAAGGAACCCUUCGAGAUCAAGGUGUACGAGAUCGACGAUGUGGAACGGCUCCAGAGGCGACGACAGGAGGACUCAGCUGAGGUGAGUGAAGGAUCAUGCUUACUGUCUGUAAUACAAGCUCCCCAUACUGUUACUGCACUUAUUUUAGAGUCAUUAGGUUUAUGUUCAUCACUACAUACAUGCUGCUUAGCAAUGUAAAGCUCAGCAAUAGUCUGCAUGUGUCACAUUGAUCUCAGCAAUAUUCUGAAUGUGCUACAUUGAAGUCAGGCAUGCAGACCAGGCGCCAGGAUAAAGUGACUAAGGGGGCAGUUGAAAUCGGUGAGGGGGCACAAUUAUUUGGGGUUCUUGCGUUGGAAUUAUAUUGAAUUCUGCUUAUGUCACGCAAUACCAUAAUAAACAUAAAAGUUAAAAUGCCGAGACCAUUGAGUGCCUUUGACCAAGAAGUGACAAAUUGCUGCACUCUAUCAGCACCAUGGACAGCGCCCUACACACUAAAGCAAGGCUGUUGAAAACCUUGGCUGGUGGCUAAGGAAGUCAUUAUGCCAUUCCAUACCCUAGGUUUUUGCUGAGAUGACGCCACUGGCAAUACCACCAAGAUUCUGAUAAAAAACAACCAGCUAGAUUGUUUCUUACCUUUUCGGAAGAGUUGCAGCCUUGUUGAUGCUCUGUGGAACUUCCUGAGUAAUCGAUCAUUCCAUUCUCCCCGAAAUUUUCAUGUAAGAUCCCCCUCCAAUGCCAGUUGGAUUAGUUGAGCUUUCCUCGGGUGUAGCAUGCUUCUUCUGUGCUGACUGAACACGUUUGUCAAAGUGAAAAAUGAGUUCUUGCAUGUAGCUGUGGACGCCCCAAAGGUCAAUCCAUGCGUCAGUCCAGUAAGCACGGUCGGCAUAGCGGAGAGAGGCCCAGAGAAUUGUUGCAGGAUGUCAAGUGGGGUCCAUAUCGUCCUCAUUGGAGCCAGAGCGGGCGAUUUCAGUUUGCUAAAACUGGCGAGCGACACUAAACUCAGCUUCCACCAAAUCUGUUUUUACUUAGAUCCAGCAGUGGUUUCACCUUUUUCACAUCUAGAAAGUCAUGGCUCUCUGGGUCAAAGGGCACACAGGGCCUCCACCAGUUGGUUGUUGCGUUCGCUGAAUCGUUCGGACAUUUCACCACUGACAGCAUCCAAGAACAUUAUUUUACACUCAGUCUCUUCUGUCCUGCUGGCCUAAUGAACUGCGCUCAAAUGGCUUCAAACUCGCUGUCACACCUCAGCUUCUCGACGCACUCCAACGCACUGCGGACCACUUUGACUCCAGUGUAAAGAUCUGUUGCUUUUGCCUGGAGUCAUUUGUUUGGAGAAUCUAGUAGACUGAGGAUUCUGUGCACCAUGGUGGCUGUAAACGUAAAGCCUGGGUCUGUCACCACCUUCAGCAGCCCUGUAGCCUCAAGUCUUACUUCUGUGUUGUAAGAACGCAUGCAUUUGAUGUGAGAGAGGAACUUCACAAGUCAAAACUUUUAACAACCACUCACACAGUAGCCAGGUGUCCCCUUCUCCUUUGGCUUUGUUUGGGUACGUUGGUGAAGCCAAUUUCUGAUAUCCAUCGUGGCAGUGACAGAUUAGCUGGUUUGAGCUAGCUAAAUAGGCUAAGGUUAAUAACACUAACGCUUUUAACAGCUAGCUAAGAAGCUAACUAAGCUCUGUAGUGGUGGGGUGUGAGGCAGAGUUGAGUGAAGCAGCUUCAACGGUAAACUUGACCCCGCCAUUAUAAAUCAAAAUAAAAUAUUACAGGCGGAGGCGUAUCACGUUAUUCACUUAGCCUCCCACAGAUAAAAAGUGUUUUUCCCCACUUUUUAUGGAAAACCAAAGGAGUCAUACAGUGCCUUGCAAAAGUAUUCAUCCCCCUUGACGUUUUUCCUAUUUUGUUGCAUUUCAACCUGUAAUUUAAAUGGAUUUUUAUUUGGAUUUCAUGUAAUGGACAUACACAAAAUAGUCCAAAUUGGUGAAGUGAAAUGAAAAAAAUUACUUUUUCAAAAAAUUCUAAAACAAUAAAUAACGGAAAAGUGGUUCGUGCAUAUGUAUUCACCACCUUUGCUACGAAGCCCCUAAAUAAGAUCUGGUGCAACCAAUUACCUUCAGAAGUCACAUAAUUAGUUAAAUAAAGUGUCACAUGAUCUCAGUAUAUAUACACCUGUUCUGAAAGGCCCCAGCGUCUGCAACACCACGAAGCAAGGGGCACCACCAAGCAAGUGGCACCAUGAAGACCAAGGAGCUCUCCGAACAGGUCAGGGACAAAGUUGUCGAGAAGUACAGAUCGGGGUUGGGUUAUAAAGAAAUAUCUAAAACAUUGAACAUCCCACGGAUGGAAAGAAUAUGGCACCACAACAAACCUGCCAAGAGAGGGCCGCCCACCAAAACUCACGGACCAGGCAAGGAGGGCAUUAAUCAGAGAGGCAACAAAGAGACCAAAGAUAACCCUGAAGGAGCUGCAAAGCUCCACAGCGGAGAUUGGAGGAUCUGUCCAUAGGACCACUUUAAGCCAUACACUCCACAGAGCUGGGCUUUAUGGAAGAGUGGCCAGAAAAAAGCCAUUGCUUAAAGAAAGAAAUAAGCAAACACGUUUGGUGUUCGCCAAAAGGCAUGUGGGAGACUCCCCAAACAUAUGGAAGAAGGUACUCUGGUCAGAUGAGACUAAAAUUGAGCUUUUUGGCCAUCAAGGAAAACGCUAUGUCUGGCGCAAACCCAACACCUCUCAUCACCCUGAGAACACCAUCCCCCACAGUGAAGCAUGGUGGUGGCAGCAUCAUGCUGUGGGGAUGUUUUUCAUCGGCAGGGACUGGGAAACUGGUCAGAAUUGAAGGAAUGAUGGAUGGCGCUAAAUAGAGGGAAAUUCUUGAGGGAAACCUGUUUCAGUCUUCCAGAGAUUUGAGACUGGGAUGGAGGUUCACCUUCCAGCAGGACAAUGACCCUAAGCAUACUGCUAAAGCAACACUUGAGUGGUUUAAGGGGAAACAUUUAAAUGUCUUGGAAUGGCCUAGUCAAAGCCCAGACCUCAAUCCAAUUGAGAAUCUGUGGUAUGACUUAAAGAUUGCUGUACACCAGCGUAACUCAUCCAACUUGAAGGAGCUGGAGCAGUUUUGCUUUGAAGAAUGGGCAAAAACUCCAGUGGCUAGAUGUGCCAAGCUUAUAGAGACAUACCCCAAGAGACUUGCAGCUGUAAUUGCUGCAAAAGGUGGCAUUACAAAGUAUUGACUUUUGAAUAGUAAUGCACGCUCAAGUUGUCUUUUUUGGUCUUAUUUCUUGUUUGUUCCACACAAAAAAAUAUUUUGCAUCUUCAAAGUGUUAAGCAUGUUGUGUAAAUCAAAUGAUACAAACCCCCCAAAAAAAUCAUUUUUAGUUCCAGGUUGUAAGGCAACAAAAUAGGAAAAAUGCCAAGGGGGGUGAAUACUUUCGCAAGCCACUGUACCUAACUGCCCCAGUGGCUUUCCAUAGCCCCCCUACACACACCGUGGCACGCUCUGUCCAUUGUGCUGACACAGCGCAGCGGAGAUACAGAUUUUGCGCCAACCUGUCACUCAAUUAUUUGAUUUUUGAAAUAUUUUCAUAUAGGGACAUAAAACUAAAACUGAGGGGGCACAAGUUUUAACUGAGGGGGUUACGCCUCCCUUUGCCACCUGGUGGAGUCGGGCCCGCAGGCAUGACAUCGUGGGAAGGUUUUAGCUCACUCCUUCUCAGGUUCUUAUUAAAGAACAAGGUGAAAAUAUGCGUCUGAGACGUUUGACCUUUAGUCUGCCCAAUGGCGAAUCCCGACGUCUUUAAGUGUCUGUGUGACCACAGUCAGAGCCCAGUGUUAUGUUAGCCGGGAUUCUGCAGGAAUGUGAAGAGAUCAGGAGGCAAUUACUGUCUGGCUUUAAUUGCUUUAGAUAUGACUGAUCGCUGGGGCUCACUGCUGGUGCUGAUUGACAGAGGGGGAAGGAGUGGUGGUGGUGGAAAGAGCAGUCCAGGAAUGUGCUCCCCUCUCUAUACCCCCACACCCCAUCAGCCAUCACCAUGGCCCAUCCCCUGGCUGCCUGAUGGCUCUUUAUGGCUGGCUCCACUUGCCACGGGUCAUUAACUGCUCCCACAAGUUAGAGGCAGCCAGACAGGGUAUUGUUAAGAGAAGAUAUUAAAUCAGCUGGAUAGUGGUUUGAUUUAGUUUCAAUUAGGAAAAGAUGAUCUUCAAUUUGUCUUUCCCAACCAUCACUGGCUGAAUGGCUGGUAAUGAAGUGCUUUGCCUCGCACAUCUCCCACUGUUCCCAGGCCAGUUUUGGAAUAACAUGCAACGUUUCCAUGCUUGUAUUCUCAGAUGUCUAUUUGUGUGCACAUGGCUUUUUCUGUCUAUAUACAGUAUACAGGGUUUAGUAUACAGGGUUUAGUACUCUAUAUAUUGAUGCAUGUUUGUGUAUUCGUAUUUGUUUGAGUUCUAACUGUGAGAUCAUAACUCUGUCUAGAGUACAAUCAUAUUUUUUACCUUAUGUAUUUUCUCUUCUUCUCUUUUCUCAUCUUUAGCAGCCAUUCCAGGAUGUUGAGAAGGUAUGUUGAUUUUGUUGGAUGGCUGAGGCUUGAUUAUUCUUUAAUGGGAGUUGGGGAAUAGUUUGGAGUAAGGGUUAAGAAGGGAAGAACCGGAAUUAAUUGGAUUGUUAUAUACAAUACCUGGAAAAUGGCCAGAAAUGUUAAUAUACAUGACUGUGUCUGUAUAUCCUGCAAUUCUUUAGGAGCAACAAAAAUGCUAGAGGAAAGGACGAGGAGGAGCUUGUAUUUCAAAACAGGGCGCAGGCACGCAACGAGCGCGAGCCGAGACGAGCAAGAGAGAGAGAGAGAGGGAGAGAGAGCGAGAGAGAGAGCAGAGAGAGAGACGAGGAGAUGUAUGAGAGCGAGAGUAGGAGAGAGGAGAGAGAGAGAGAGAGAGAGCGAUGAUGGACGAGCAUAUCUCUCUAAUCUUCUCUCUCUCUCUCUCAUCUCUCUCAUAUACUCUCUCUCUCUCUCUCUUUCUGUCUCUCCUGCUCUUAUCUCUCUCUCUCUCUCUCUCUCAGGGCCUGCUGUACUUCAACAGUAAGCUGAAGGUUCUGGAGCGGCGGCAGCAGCAGAUCAGGGAGCUGAAGGUCAAACAUGAGGCACUUAAGGAAGAGCUAGAGGACACCAAGACCCGGCUGAUGAUGGACCCUUGCAAGUGGAUAGGAGAGUGUGAGUGUCUGCAACAUUAUUCUACCAGGAUAGGGGCACAUGUACACCUUUUUAUUCUUCAUAUUCCCAACAAAAAUAGAAAGUGAUCUUCCUAUUGAAAGUUAACUUGAUUCUGUGGACAGUCUUCCAGUUUUCAGCUGAUUGUGUGUGACCAGGACUUUAAUCCUCUGCUCUCCUGUCUUUUCUCUUCCAGUUGAGGUGGACCAGGAUUUGGACAAGGAGUCCCAGGAGUACCUGCAGGCCCUGGGUCAGGUCACAGAGGAGCUGGAGUUCUGUGUCAACCUAUGCAAGUCACGUGUCAUGAUGGUGACCUGCUUCGACAUCAGUGUUGCAUCACCGGCUGACACUCAAGAGGGACUGCGAGAAGUGGAAGUCUGA